AUUUAAUAACUAGCUAGUAGCUCAUGUAUUCUAUCAAUUUAGUAUUUGUUUGUGUAUUCUAUCCGAAACCGGUAGAUUUGUACAGAGCAAAUAAACGAUGAUGAUGACGAAGUCCUGUUGGCGGACCUGCAUUCUAUCCACGUUGAUGCUACCACUAUUCCACACAGUGGCUGGUUCCAACGAAAUCCUCUUGACACAGCAGGAUUAUGCCGAAAAGACAAACGGAAAGACAGUUUUCAUUAAAGCAUUCGCACCAUGGUGUGGACAUUGCAAGGAACUGGCACCGCAUUGGGAGAGAAUGGCAAAAGAGUGGGAAAAUCACAAACACGUCCUGGUAGCAUCGGUGGAUUGUACGCAGGACGAAUCAUGGUGCGUUUCAUGGGGAAUACAGGGAUUCCCAACUCUCCUCUUUGGGGAUCCAUCGGCAGAUGGCGCUUUCCUGGAUACCUACCGGGGCGAAAAAACCUAUGAAGCAUUAUCCGAGUUUGCCAAUGCCACCCUGGAAAAACCAAUCUGCAGCCCGGGAAACACAGCAUUCUGUGCUACUACGGAACGAAACAAGGUCCAGGGACUGUGGAAACUUGCACCGUUGGACCUCCAGGCUUCCAUUGACAAGCAACAAAACAUGAUGAAACAGGAAGAAGAUGAAUUCCAACAGGCAUUCCAGUCCAUGCAAUCCAUCUUUGACAAAGAUUCCAAGACACACGAGUUCCAGUUAGCAAAAAUGAAGGCCAAGAUGAACCUGCUUCAAAAAAUCAUCAAGAAGAAUUAAACAAAAUCAAACCAAUGAAAUCAUUCAUGUACGGUAGCAAUGAAAUGAGGUAGAAGUACCCAAUCCAAUCCACUUUUAAUCAGAGAGGAGACUAGCUACUACAAUAUGUAGUAGGUACCGGUAUAAGGAAGUAGAUAGAUUGAGUAGCUCCAGAAAAAGUGUUUCAGUAACCAAAUUUCUUUCAGUCUGUGUGCCAGUAUCAUACAGCAUGGAAGUGGGUCAAACGAGCACUUUGAAGUGUACUAGUAGCUUCUGAAGUACGGUACAAAAAUCAAAACCCCUUCUUGUUUAUAUUACAGCUGGCUAGCUGAAUGCAGUCUAUGUAAUCAAUCUGCAACGAUUGCAGGUACAUGUAUAUCGGUAUGGUCCAUGGCGUACCAGUAGCCACAACCAAGAGAGUCCUCAGUCAUGAUAAUAUUAAUUAAUAUUGUGCGGAGAUGAAGAAA